AGGUAUUGCAUAUUUUGUGGCAUUAGGUAUAGCAUAAAAUGAAGUCAAAUAUUACAGAGGGAGUAUUUUACGGACAAAUUUGUGGAUUUAUUGUUGCUUUUGUAUCCGGAGUAACAUGCACAGUAACGUGUGUUUGGAAUCAAUGGAGCAAAACCAGUUCCUCUGAAAGUGCUUCAGUCCUAGGGGCAAUAUGGGGAUUCAACGGAAUUUGGAUUCAGUGUGUUCAACAUUCAACAGGACAAUUCCAAUGUAACAAUUAUAAUACUGCCGUUAUCAACCUACCAGCUUAUAUGAAUGCCAUUCGCGCGUUUAUGUGCAUCGCCAUCAUCUUUUCCGUCGUUGGAUGUUUUAUGUGUUUGAUUGGAAUGCAAUGUAGCAGACUUUUGGAAACGAUGCCAAACGCGAAGCGACUUGUAAUGCAAAUAGCAGGAGGGCUAUUCAUUGGAGCAGGAGCUCUCACAACAGCGUCACUCUCAUGGUACACGGCAAUGAUAAUCCAAGACUUCUUUUCUUAUACAAACUAUGACAACAUGAUGAGAUACACUCUCGGUGCUACGAUGUACGUUGGAAUAUUUAGUGCCAUAUUAUCUUUCUCUGCUGGUGUAAUCUUCUUAUGCCUACCGGGUCCAAAAGAAGAGCAAGAGAAGAAGUUCAACUUUGAAUAUAAUCGUAGCACUGCCAGGUCAACAUACAAACGACCAAUUCGUUAUAACGAAAGUCAAAGAUCACUGAGUCGAUAUGAUGAAAUGCAAUAUGUGUAAUUGAUGGUUCUAUUAUCUUUGUACGCUUGUCCACCUGUAUAUUACACCCAGGACAUUUGCGCCUGUAUACGUUUAUACCCACGGACAUUCAUACUCACGUAUAUUUGCGACUACGGACAUUUGCACCCAUAUAAAUUUCCAUCGGCGAACAUUUGCAGCCAUUGACAUUGGGACCCUUAGAAAUUAGCACCGCCUACAAACUUUUGUACCCGUGCUCAUUUUCACAUGCAAAUAUUUGUGUGUUUAAUCGGAGUUUUUUCAUUUUGAAUUUGUUUAACCCGGGUUCGUUUUGGGGACAUAUUGCAUCAGUCUGUGAAGUAAACGAGGUUAUGACGUCAUUUCCAAGUCCAUCAAGUGUUGAACAAUCCGAAUGUUAUAACGAGAAAAGGAUACGAACACAUUGCAAAUUUGCACGCCAUUGGUUUAGAUUACCAUAUAUCCACUUAGUUCAAGUGAGACCUGGAAACAUCUUCUAACAGUUGAUACCACUAGAGAAUACUAUCCAAACAUUACAGGUGUCUAAACAACUUGCUCGAUGUAAAUCUGGGUUUUCUAAAGUUGUCGUUUUCUAUUUUUCUUUUAGCUGCGUUUUAUUACUAUUUCUUGUCGCAGCACGUUUUACAUGUGUCAUUAGUGGACUCUGGCUAUCUGCAUAUAUUUGCUUUGGCUAGUUUUCAUGCGAUAUAAUUUCCAGAGUGUAUUAGCAAAAUACCAUGGCAAUGAUGAUUUACUUAAUUGAUAGAAAAUGAACGUAACAAAGACUAAGGUGAGUGAAAUAGUAGUUUUAGUUGCAAUGAUUAUAGUUAAAUGUAUGUGAAUGCAAAUAUUCGUGGUUGCAAAUGUACCCAACUUUACGAACCAUAAGGCGCACUUUUAAUUUCUCCUUUACCAAAUAAUAAAAUCGAUUAGUGGGUUAGUGCUUUAUGCUUCAUCGCAUACACUCAAAGGUAAUACGGUAUUACUUGAAAAACCGUCUUAUAGCACGAUGCGCCUCAUGUAUGAAUAUAAAUCUGGUUCAAUUAAUUUAUUGACAGUGCGCGUUAUGAUGCGAUGCGCUUUAUGGUCUGUAAAAUACGACAUGGCUGCAAACAUGAGCGGAUGUUGUCUAUAAGGGAGUUCUAAAAUCUGUGGAUGCAAAUGUUUGUGACGCAAGAGUAUGAGGAUGCAAAUCUACCCUACCCAGGUACAAAUGUGCUGUCCCCUUAAUUGAUAGGUGAACGAAAAUUGUAUAGAUAACACUUAAGAAUUACAAAGGGCCAAACGUAAUCUGUACUUAUUUUAUAUACAACUCUUUAUUAUAUAGUGUGCAUUAACAGAAUGAAAAAUACACUUCUGAUUUGUC